GCUGCAGCGGCUGUCUCGCCAUGUCGGCUGCGCAGGCGGGGAGUGUCUUCCACAGGGCCCGGGGUCGGACCCUGGACGCGUUUCCCGCAGCGGUUGUCCAGAAGAGUGUUUGCCAAAGCCAAUGAAGUGAUGCUGAAAGCUGCCUGGCCAAGUCUCUUCCCCUCUCCCCCCGGGACAAUCUGAAGGGUUGUUGAUGAGGAGUUUGGCAAGUCUCUCAUCUGCCAGUGAAAAGGAAAAGGAAUGGCAGGGCCCAUUCUACUUCAUCCAAGGUGCUGACCCUCAGUUUGGGCUGAUGAAGGCCUGGGCCACCGGGGACUGUGACAGCGGCGGUGACGAGUGGGGACAGGAGAUCCGGCUCACCCAGCAGGCCGUGCAGGCCAUCAACAAGCUCAACCCCAAGCCCAAGUUCUUUGUUCUGUGCGGCGACCUCAUCCAUGCUAUGCCAGGGACGCCUUGGCGGAAGCAGCAGACGGAGGACCUGCAGCGCGUGCUGGGGGCGGUGGACCGGGAGAUCCCGCUGGUCCUGGUCAGCGGCAACCACGAUGUGGGCAACGUGCCCACGGCGGAGACGGUGGCGGAGUUCCGCCAGACCUGGGGCGAUGACUACUUCAGCUUCUGGGUCGGGGGCGUGCUCUUCCUGGUGCUCAACUCGCAGUUUCUGCACGACGCGUCCCGGUGCCCCGCGCUGAAGCUGGCCCAGGACCGCUGGCUGGAGCAGCAGCUGGGCAUCGCCCGAGAGCGCCAGUGCCAGCAUGCCAUCGUCUUCCAGCACAUCCCGCUCUUCCUGCGGAGCAUCGACGAGGAUGAUGACUACUUCAACCUCACCAAGGCCGUGCGCAAGGAGCUGGCCGACAAGCUCACCGGAGCAGGUAUCAAAGCCGUGUUCUCUGGCCACUACCACAGGAACGCGGGGGGCUCCUACCAGAACCUGGAUAUGGUGGUGUCCUCUGCCAUCGGGUGCCAGCUGGGCACAGACACCCACGGGCUCCGCAUUGUGGUGGUCACGGCAGAGAAGAUCGUCCACCGGUACUGCAGCUUAGACGAGCUGACCGAGAAGGGCCUCGGGGGCGACCUCCUGGAGCUGCUGCGGGAGUGACCUCAGCCCCGGCCCCUCGCUCCUCCGCACCAGCUGCUCCCAGAGCUUGGCCUGCCCGGACCAGCGGCCGCCAGGACACACGGGCCAGGCAGACCUGCUUUUGUACCCUUGUGCAUAAAUCACAGCGCCGGCUCUCAUCCCAGAUGACGGCCUAAGUUAUAUCCGAAAUCAAACUGCCUAACCCGUGAUAAGGAGAAAGGUCUGGGAAUACCUUAACUGUGCCAACCUCAGACUCACUGCCUGAUCUUUGGGGGAACCCCUCCGCUCCUGGGGAUGGGGGGCGUUCUCUCAGCCUAUGAUUCAGGUCUGCUGUCCGCCUCCGUAGCAGCCUGACAUCGAGUGCGUCUCUCGCAGUUCUUCCAAAUACUCUUGUGAUUGUGCUGCGUGUGGUUGUGGCUCCGUGCAGCAGCCCUGCAGGCCGCCCCAUCUCCCCUCAGCCCUGCACGGUGACCGGGAGCCAGCCCGUCUGUCCUGGGCAGGGGGAGGAACAGAAGCAGAAGGAGCUGUACACGUCAGGACUGGAGGUAGCAGAUGGGGUUCUCAUGGAAACCCCCCUCCCCCCCAGUUAUGGCUUCUCAACUGUCUCUGCUUACAAAAAAUGUAUGGAACAAUGCAGACAUCUAGAAAGCAAGCACACGGGAUUGCUGGGGGCCAGGCCAGCGCAGCAGGGCCCAGCCUAUGCUGUGUUGAGGGCCCCCGGCCCCCUCCGAGGAGUCAGGGCUGCUGCCCUUCUGACCAUGUGACCCCCUCAUCCAGCCGUCCAGCACUGGACCUGGCAACUGGGGACGUUUCCUAGCAUUGACAGCCACGAGUCCUGACCCCCCUGCCAGCACUGGCGGCUUACAAAUGACCCACAGCCACUACACUGAAAAAAACAAAACCCCCUUGUUAAAAACUCUUCGUGUAGCAAAACUGUGAGAAAUUAAAUAGGAAGAUAAUUGGAUAUGCUAAAUUCUUAAGGAACAAAGAGGAGAGCUAAUUAUUCUAGAGUGGUAACACACCAGAGCUCAUUGGUAUGUGGCCCAAGGAAAUUCAAUUUCCCCACAGCCGGCGUGCCGUCCUGGAGUGUUGUUUUGCGUUUGGUUUUCUUUUCCUGAAGCAUGGAUACGGAAGAGCGGAUGAAGCAGCGAGCGGCUCGCUGGGCACAGCGCUGCCGUGGUCUCAUGGGUGUGACCCCACAGUCGUGACUAGGGAGAAAGACCAAAGCCGCUCUGUCCUGUUCCACAGCAAGCGCUCUGCACCAUGACGCUUGGGUUGGAAGGAUGUGGGGAUGAUCAGAAGUGACAGAAAUAAGAGCUGGGCACCAGUAGCUCAGGCUGUAAUCCUGGCUACCAGGGAGGCUGAGAAUGGGAGGAUUUCUGUUUAAGGCAGCAGAAAAGUUUGUGGGACCCCUAUCUCAACCCAUAGCCAGGUGCAGUGGUGUACACCCAGCAUCCCAAGCUACGUGUGAAGCAGACAUGGGAGAACCACAGUUCCAGGUCAACCCAGGCAGAAAAGGCCGAGGCCCUCUGUCUCGGCUGGAGGAGGUGGUGGCACAUCUGUCAGCCCAGCAAUGACAAGAAACUAAAAUAGGAGGAUCACAGUUCCUCAGGAGCACCAGACAAGGAGCAAGAGCCUACCGAAGACAGCCAGCCGAAAACAGGACUGGAGAUAUGACAGCUACAGAGACCCCUGCACAGCAAGCACAAAGCCCUGAGUGCAAACCCCAGUACUGCAGAAAAGGAAAAAAGGCAGUGGAAAGGAAACCAAGGCAGUCCCUUUCCCAAAGAAUGUCCAGUGAAGUUGAUUCAAAACGCCCCCCAAAUAUGCCCACCUUUGAGUUUGUUUUAUGGUGCUGGGAAUUGAACCCACGUCCUUUACGUGGUAGGCCAGCGUUCUACCACUGAGCUAUAUCCUAGCUGCCACCAUUUUAGGCCACAAAGUAUUGUCUUGUACAUACGUACACGCGCACAUGCACAAAUGCAAACCAAUGUAAGAAGCUCACAAUGAAGGUGGAAAAUGUAUGUGCAGAUGAACUUGUGCCCCCAGAUAAUGAUUUGUUGUUAAUGUAUCCACCAGGACUCCUUGGUCUUUUUAAAAUGAAAAAAGCCCUCACACCUGUCAUCCUAGCUGCUCAGGAAGCUGAGAUCUGAAUAUCGUGGUUCAAAGCCAGCCCAGGCAGGAAAGUCCGUGAGACUCUUACCUCCCAACUAACUAGCAGAAAACAAGUGGGGUUGUAAAUCAGAGUGGUAGAGCACUAGCCUGGAGCGGAGGAGCUCAGGGACAGAGCCCAGGUCCUGAAUUCAAGCCCCAUGACUGACAAAAAGACAAAAGAUUAUAUAGUCCUUGUUCUGUAAGAAGCAAUAAAGGAGUGAGAGCAAGCC